AUGGAAGCAGUAACCUUGUCCGCCGUCUCCAUCGGGGCGACCAAUGACAAGGAGGCGCAACGAAGGUCAAUCGCUCCGACAGAUGCGCCCGACGCCGCCGAUUGGUCUGGCCUGCUGCAGGACCUCCUGCUGGCCAUCAUGGCGGCGCUGGAUGUCCCCAGCCUCGUCCGUUCCGGCGCCGUCUGCACGUCCUGGCGGGACGCCUACAGCACCUUCCGCCUCCCCGCGCUGAAGCAAGCGCCGUGCCUGCUCUACGCCUGCGACGAGUACGGACCCAAGGAGGCCGCCCUGUACUGCCCCUCCACCAACGCCACCUUCCGUGUCCCCUUCCCCGGCCCACCGCUCGAGAAGCGAGGCUUCGUCUUCUCGUGCCACGGCUGGGUGUUCGCUGCCGAUGAAGUCGGCGACCCGUACCUCUUCAACCCCAUCACCGGCGUCCAGGCCGCGCUCCCGCCGGUCAAGACGCUCUCGGGCCGCGACGAGGACUUCUACGACGAUGAAGGCAAGCAUGUCAUCGACCCCGGGAGUGAUGACGAGAACGAAGACCAGAAAACCAGCAUCCUCUGGGCACGAGAUUCAGAGUAUAUCCGGGUCGCCAUCUCCUCCGCAGCCGAGGUGACUGCAUGCACUGUCCUGAUCAUGCACAAUCCAGAUUCGAUGCUCUCGUUUGCCAAGCCGGGCGAUAAGCGGUGGACAUUGCUCCCCAACCUUCAAACACGUCAAACCGGUGGUGUCAGUGAUGUUCUUUACAACGAUAAGGACGGCCUGUUCUAA